AUGAAGACAGCACACAUCAGAGGACUCUGUCGUCGAAUCCCCCAGGCUGCCCCACAGCGAUGCUACUCCGCUGUGCCAACACAGACCCCGAGCAAGAUCGGAGUGUAUGCGUUUGGCAGAUACGCGUACUACGACGCCGUGGUUGCCAUUGCGGACCUGAACAUCGUCCGCACGGACGCAUACUACAUUGCAAGACAGAGAGCCAGACUAGAGCAGAGGGAGGACGUGCACAUGCGGCCCGAGGACACGGUCGCCGGGGCGUCGGACACGAAGUCGCAUGUGUUCGACCCGAGGGCCGGAACCAAGGCUCCCAGCUUUGAACAGGUGUUCGGGGGGUCGUCCAAGACGGCCACACAGUCGUCCCGUCGAGACUUGUCGUACAGAAACAAGCACAAGCUCAUUGCCGGCGUCAAGGUGCCUGCCCGGCCUAUCGACCCGGACAACUGCUGCAUGAGCGGAUGCGUCAACUGCGUGUGGGAGUUGUUCAACGAGGACCUUGAGGAGUGGCGACACAAGCGACUGCAGGCCGCCCGCCGGUUGAUGGCGCAGAACGACCAGGGCGGGUUGGGCGCCAAGGGCAAGGUGGAGGUGUGGCCACGCGACUGGGAGCUGCCUCCCCGGAUCCUGGACGCCAAGUUCGUCUCUUCAGACCUCCGGGCACACAUCGAGAAGAACAAAGGCAAGAUGGACGACCCGGACGAGGUCAAGGGCAUGCCUGUCGGGCUCCAGGUUUUUGCCAUGUUCGAGAAGAAGAAGAAGGAGCAGCGCAAGAACAAGUGGGAGAAGUCCAUGGACAAGGCCUCCCAUGCCACCUCCGUCGAGCAGCCGCUCAAGCCCUCCGACCACUCUUCCGCCACGGUUUAG